UCAAAAGAGAAUUUCAUGCGUUUAACGCGCGUGAAAGGCUCAAUGUAAAACUGGUCUUCGUUGCCGUAAAAUUUAUUGCCACCAUUUUCAUCAGUGAACAGAGCAACAGUGAAAAAGAAAAUGAAAAAAAUGAUAUUUGCUUCUGACUGUGUCACCACCGAAAACAAAGCGACAGAAACGACGACAACCAAGUGCUAAAGGAAGAACGGCAAUGGAGCAAAGAGAGGCCGACAUCUUUUGUAUUGCAAUUUCCCGUAUUUUAUAAUUGCUGUGGACAAAAUAGAUGACCACGAUCACGCCGAUCAUCAUUGCUGACAUCUUUACUUCGAACUCUCUACGCUUUCAUUUAGAAAGUAGCCAGCAUCUCAAGACAUUGUCAUCCUUGGCGUGUUGCCCACACAGCAGUUUCCUAAAUCUUUUCAUUUUUUCAAAUCCGAAUCCAACUUUAACACCAUCGCCGACCUGUAGCAGCUGGCAACAAGCGGUGAUAUGGGCGUGACAAAGAGAAACUCCUUCGAUUUCAAUUCGCUACAAUUGCAACAGACCCAUCGAAAAUGUCAUCACAGACAAUCUAGUGGGAUGAUUGGAGAACCAAUAACAACAAGAGCAACUAUCCUACCACCACAUGCAGUAUACAACAAAAACAGCAACAACAACAGCGAGCAUAAGAAAAAACAAUCUCUCCCAUUGACAGUAACAGCAACAAUCGCCACACCAAAUCAACAACAAUUUUCGCAGAAACAUCAACGAAAAUCACAGCCACACUCCCACACCUCAGCCACCCCAGUCGUCAUUCCAAGAGGCCAAGUCAAUGCAAAGAAUUGUUGUAGUACCGAAACGAAUGCCAGGACGACAAAUGGAGAAAGUGAAUUUAAAUCGACAACGGAAAUAUUAAACAGGCCGGAAACAGUCAUUCUGUCACAGAAAUACAAAGAGAAUAAAUCACUGAAUCGCUUGGCCGUCGCCGGCAAGAGUGGCGGAAGACAUUUACUCAAAUGGGGUUCCCUCCAAUUGAAUUGUAGGAAGCACAUGUGGCUUAGUGUGGCCAUUGCCCUUAUCUGUUUGUCAUCCUCCGUAAUUUGUCAAAAUCCUUUAAAAGGCUCCGCUCUACCGCUUCUGGCCACCACCGCCACCACUCUUUCGCUGGCCACUCGGGGGUCCAUGCUUGUUGCUGGCGCCUCCACCUAUGAGCCCAUUAUCAAAUAUGACAUUGUCCAUAGGGAAGAUGACGGCAUGACCGUCGAGGACAUUGAUGUCAAUAGCAAUGAACAGCAAUUGUUGGCCUACUACAAGAAAGCUCAAAAGGAACACGAGGAUGAAUUGCGAAGACAACGGCAGAUGCAGAUGCAACAGCAAUACAAACACCAUCACCAAGAGCGUGACAUCGAACGCGAAACAUUGAGGCCAGCUCUACACUUUGAUGAUAUUAUUCCUACCGUCGAUGUGAUAUCCUCGUUAAGUUUGGUUGAAGACUCGUCCAAGCAAAAGAAGAGCACAGCCUCAAAGCGUAGCACCACAAAGCGUUCAAGUCCCACAUCGCCUGUGCCUACCAGCACGCUCAGCCCAGUGGUAAGUAGUACCGUGGCAACUUCAACGGCAACCCCGGCCAGCAAAGCAGCAACAACAACGACGGCAAAAGUAUUGACAACUGCCACACCGGAGGAGAAAUGUGAACCGAAAGUAUUGGAUGAAAUACCAGCGGAACCGUAUUACGACUUUGCCGAUAUUGCCGAAGAUGCUGCCCGCAAAUUUGCCGAGUUUUUAUCCGUUAGAUUUCCAACAUCUCCGCCCGCGGUAAUCACCGAUGAAAUACGUGACGAAGUGAGGCGCCGUGCCAACAGCAUUGCCAGCAGUGCCCUCAAUGAGGAUGAGCAUUUGCUGGCAUUCGCUUUGGCAGCACCGAGCACCCAUACGGUUGUGGUUAAAUUUAAAGAUAAUGUUACGAUACCGCCCGAUCAGGUGCACAAUCGUGGCUUUUUAGGUUCAUACUGGCGUGAACUGGGACAUGCCUGGAAUAGCACCGAAGGUUCACAGGAAUGGGGUGCACCAUUUCGAGACUGUAAUUUAUUAGUAAAUCGUUGGUUGUGGCCAUUCAGGAUAUCGCUGGUGGAAUCAAAAUUUAAAAUUGUGGCAGCUGCCUUUAUUGCCGCCGAUGAAGAUGUCUGUAACGAUGGUUUGGAACAGAUAUUUGGACGUAAACAUGGUUGCGAUCGUAAUACCACCUUUUGUCUAUUAACCGAAAAUAAACCCGCCGCCACCAGAGAUGUCUACACCUGCAUUUGUCGCGAGUCCUACUAUUUACCCAAUUCCACGCUGCAAGGCUUCCGUGGCGACAUUGUUGAGAUGUCGGAGGGCUUUGAUAACUACUCCUGUAUACCCUGUCCGGCUGGUUGUUCGAAUUGUGAUUCGAAUGGGGUUUGUCUGUUUGGUGAAGAUCAGGAGGCGGUCUCCUUAGAGAGUCUGUUAAAGGUGUCGGUGGGCUCGGUGUUGGGAGCCUGUAUCCUAUGUUGUCUGGUUCUAAGUAUAAUUGUCUUUCGCCAAAGGAAAUGCAAGGCCAUUGCAUCGGGCAUGUGGACGGUGCUGGAGACUAUUCUAUUGGGUAUUGUUUUACUGUAUGCCUCGGUUGCCAUCCAUUUCUUCCCCGCCUCUACGGAACGCUGCAUCAUCGAACCCUGGCUGCGUGAGCUGGGUUUUAUUACCUGUUAUGGUGCCAUAAUAUUGAAAUUAUACCGCCAUUUGGUUGACUUUCGUACACGCAAGGCCCAUCGCUGGGUGCUGCGUGACGUCGACCUACUCAAAUAUCUGGGCACAAUGGUAUUUGCCGUGGCCUGUUAUAUGGCGGCAUUUACCGCCUCGUCGCUGGAUCUCUUGAAAAUCGCCAACUUGGAUAGUUUGCGAGAGGUGAACACAAAUACCUGCCAACCCCUCAACUGGGAAUACGUGACACAGCACAGUGAAAUACUCAUUUUGAUAUUUGGUCUACACUUAGCCUAUGCCAGUCGCAAUGCCAAUACACAAUUCAGGGAGCGACAAUUUCUGGAAAUAACUCUAAUCAUUGAGUUCGUGGUAUCCUCAGUAUUUUAUAUUCUACGAUAUUUAUAUUUACCUGUCAUGAGUCCGAGUGCCAUCUUUUUGGCCCUCUUCAUACGUUCUCAGCUAACCAAUACCAUUGCAUUGGGUUUGAUAUUUGUGCCAAAGUUGUGGUAUCAACACAAGCAGGUCCGUUCCCUUGCCCAUGAUCUAUCCUUACGUUUACCUGUGGAUGCUUUCAAGGGUUCUCAUGAUGUUGGCCAACGUUUGGGUGGUGGCUAUGCCGGCCUAUGUUUGGGUGACCCGGAUAUCGGUGAACUGACAAUAUCGGAAAUGAGUCCUGAAGACAUACGUGCUGAACUCAAAAGACUGUAUACCCAAUUAGAAAUAUUGAAAAACAAAACUUUACGCCAGGAUAAUCCACAUAUCAGCAAAAGACGUGGUGGACGUAAAGCCGGCCAUAGACGUUUCUCUCUACAGAAAAAGGGAAGCAAGGAUAAGGCCCUGAGUGCCAAGCAUCGCAGUAAUAAACACCAUCAGGAUAUUGAAAUUACCGAAGCAGAACCAUCGCGAACACCGGAGGAUUCAGUGUGCAGCAAUGAAGGACCCACAGAUACCUAUGCGGAAAUAUCUGGCAUUUCCCAUUCCAUGUUAAGUCAUUCGGUUGUGUCUCAUUCCAUGGCAUCGCAUAACAAGUAAAAAAAACUACAACCUGGCAACUCUCAAUCCUCAAAAACAAAAUCCAACUGCGGCAGCAACAGAGCAUUAAACUAAACAAACAACACAAUAAUUAUUAAAAAAAAAAAAACAAACAAAUAAAACCAGCAAAAAUAUUAAAUUGUAAAUAAAAAUAAACUUAAAUGAUAUAUUAUACAAAGUAAAAAAAACAAAAUCUAUAUAUACAUACUUAAAACUAUAUGUUAUAUACACAUAUAUAAAAAUGUAACCAAAAAGAAAAAUAAACGUUAUAUAGGAACAUGUUUUGUUUUUAUUUGAGCAAAUGAAUAAUGAAGAAGAAGAGAAAUAAACCUAAUAAAACAAAAUUAAAUAAAGUGGCCAGAAAAUUAAUUACUUUAUUUUAUAAAACCAAACAAAAUGAAAAAAAAAACGUAUAAUAAUAUUCAUUGAAAAUAUAAUAAUACAAUAUUUAUAUAAAAAUAUAUGAAAUAUAUAAAACAAAAUAUUUGUAUAAAAAAUGUUUGAUAAUAUUGGAGAAUAAAAACAGAAACCGAAAUUAUAACAACAAAAAUCAUUUGCAAUGGAAAACUAAUUUUUAUAUUAAAAAUAAAAGUUGUAUUACACUAGUCUACAAAAACUGUGUGAAAGCUGAAAACCAUGGUAGAAGAAAACAGAUAGAUGCAUCACCGCUUGGGAAAAUUGAUAUGUCAAAAAAUUUAAAAUGUUUUUUUAUUCGAAAAUAAGUAGAUUUUGAUAUGUUUCCUUAUACGACGCCAAUCGGAGGUUACUAUGAUAUGUCUUUUUCAACAAUUUUGACGAGUUUAAAAACUUUUUUCAUUCAAAAUUUUCAAUUUAAUUGGUUUGACAGUUCAUUGCCCUAACAGCUGAGUCAUUGCGUCGACCCGUAUUCUUUUACCAUGACUGAAACCAUAUUUAAUAGUUGUUUAACAGAGCUUUUGUUACAGGUAGAUGCAUCAACGCUUGGGAGCAUUGAUAUGUCAAAAAAAUUUAAAUGUUUUUUUUUCAAAUAUAAGUAGAAUUUUAUAUGUUUUCUUAUACUACGUCAUUCGGAGGCUAUUAAAAUUCGUGUUUUUCAACAAUUUUUACAAAUUUAAAUAACUUUUCAUUCAACAUUUUCAAUUCCAAAAUUGGUUUGACAGUUCAUUGUCCCAGCAGCUGUGUCGACGCGUCUACCUAUAUUCUUCUACCAUGUUUUGUUCAUGAUACUACUAAUGUGGAGUUUACACAGACCAAACUUGUCUUCAACAGGGGUUGUAUUCAACUGUCACAUGCAGAUUGGCAAUAACAGUAAGUUUACAUAUAAAUGGGUUAUCCCAAUGGAUUUAGAUUAAAAUUGUCAUAUCCAAGGCGAAGGGCUUGCUUGAGGUGAUCGACACUUUGGUAUUGGCUUUCCAAAAUACUCCAGACACAAUAGUCCAACGGAUUGGUAUCCGGAGAUUUUGGCGGCCAUUGUGCGCUGGAAAUGAAACGAGGAACCUCAUUUUGUAACCAUUCUUGGGUGGUGCGUGUUGAGUGCUAUGGUGCUGAGUGCUGUUGGAACGUCCAAGGUCUGCGGCCAAACUGUUUACGUUCCCAAGGCUUUAAUACACCCUUCAGAAAAUUGUGGCGAUAAUAUUCGGCAUUUAUUCUGAUGCCACGGUUGAUUAAUAUGAGCGGAGAGCGACCAUCGGCUGUUAUGGGUGCCAACACCAUCAUCAUGGCCGGCGCUUGAGUUCUGGUGGCCAACAGAAGGUGCACAUUUACAGCUGACCUCUUUGGCAAGUAAACACGAUCAUUUUGUUUGUUUACAAACGAAUGUUUUCUCAUCGGAGACGGAGAAACCCAGAUUCGGCAGUUCACCACUUUCGAAUUUUAAGCGAAGCAACUCUUUAGCUCUUUUGAGCCUAUUUUCUUUCGGUUGCGGUGUAAGUUCUUGCACUUUUUGGAAUUUCAAUGGUUUAUCCCGAGCUCAUUUUUCAAUAUUUGCCGAAUUGAAUAUUGCGAUGUGUUCAGCCCAAAAACCAUUUUUCGACCACUGCGACGUGGGUUUCUAUUAAGUCGCUUCUUUUCUUUUCGAACCAUUUCUGCUAAUGUUGCUGGUUUCUUCCGUCCACUUUCUUGACGUCGGGCUACCCUACCAGUAUCACGGUAACGAGCGAUGAUACGAGACAAGAGAUUUAUUCACAUUUAAAUGCUGGAGUGCUCUAACGAUGGCCACUUGUGGUUUUCCAGCCAGAUAUAAAUAAAUCACAGUAUCACGCUUGAAUUCCAUCACGAAUAACUUUUUUUCCUGGAAAAUUCUCACUAAAAUGCUUUUGUACGCUUGUAAACAAUAAUGAGCGGUCACUGGAAUAAUUUUAACAACUGUUGGACGAGUGGCUUAAAAAUGGCAGCAGUCUGAAGUUGGUUGCAGUUUUUUCGUCACACAUUGUACAAUAUUGGGAUAAAACUGUAUUGUCCUGCUAUUUUAGAUUCAAUCACCAAAAUUCCAUUCUUGUUUCGCAGGUUCUCGGCAAUCUAAGAAUUUUGUUAAAAAUUUUUAAAUAAACAAAGCCAACUGUUGCAAAGUCUAUUUGACACUAUAAGACUCCAGCACAGAGUUGCAUUUUUCUUGUUUCUUUGAAGUUGACCAAACAUUCUUAUUGAGCCAUGGUACCAUUGGAAUGUUUUGAUAUAAUUGGAAGAUCUCCACGUAUAAGUAUUAUGGACAAAACUUAAAACAUUCUUGAUUUUUAAUAAAAAAAUAAAUUACAAAAAAAUAUCAAAACAAUUUUUUUAUUUCAAUAAACCAUUCAAUAACCAUUGAAUAAAAGAGAAUUUUAUUUGAAGCUGAGAACUUUAAAGCCUUUUCAAUGGAAAUUAUAAUCAGUUGUAUAAUUGGAGCUUAUUAGUCAUACUAUUAUACUAAUACUAACUACUAUCACUAAUACUAUUGUCAUUGUUUCCUCAUAUAUACAUACACAUGUUCAUAGUAAAGAAAUUAAAAAAAAUCAAAUUUGAUUUUCUUAUAAACUUUAUUUUAUGCAAUUGUUGAGUGAAUAUAAGCACAAUACUUGUUACAUUUUUAUGUUCUUUUUUAUACAAAAAAAUAACACCAAUUUCUAUCUUUUUUAAUAUGCGAUUUUUUUUAUUUUAUUUAAAAAACAAAUUCUUUAAUGAAAGACAACAAAAUGUAAUUUCCCUCCUAUAUUUAUAUAGAUUUAUACAUUAUUAUACUAUAUAUAUAAAUAAGCCAAUGUAUACAUGCUCUACUUUAUGUGUAUGAAUAUCUACAUGUAUUUAUACCAACUAGGAAAGAAAUCCAAUAUUUAAUAACGUUUUGUGGAAUUCUUUUUUUAAUUUUUGAGAAAAAGAAUAACUCAAACAAGUGUAACCACUUAAAUAAAAAAAACAAUAGUUUAAUUAUAACAAAAAAAAAAAACACUAAGUAACAAGAACAACUUUAAAGCGAAAUGUAAAAACGUGUGAUAGUUAUAAUGAAUCUACAUAAAUAAAUAAUUAAUAAAACAAAUUGUUAAACAAAAAUAAUUAAAUAGUUAAAAAUAGAAAAUUAAGCCCACCAUUACAUUUACCAUCAGCUUACAUGCAUACAUACAUACGUAUGUAUGUACAUGUGUAGUGGUAUGUCAAUACUACAUUUGUCCAAGGCCAAUGCAAAACCCAAAUUUUGUUUUGCAACAAAAAAAAAGAAA